GCGCAGAGAGGUCGCUCACUGACGGCAGCAGGAUGCGCCUCUUCACUCUCCUCUGGACUUUCGGGUUCCUUCUCAAAGAGGCGCACGCAUGGGGCUACAAAAAUGGAAUAUUUCACAACUCAAUAUGGCUGGAACAAGCAGCUGGAGUUUACCACCGGGAGUCGCGCAAAGGGAGAUACCAGCUGACUUAUAAAGAGGCGAAAGCUGUUUGCAAAUACGAGGGAGGGAAGCUGGCGUCCUACGAACAACUGAAGGCAGCUCAAGAAAUAGGUUUCCAUGUUUGUGCGGCUGGAUGGUUUGGCAAAGGGCGCGUUGGGUAUCCAAUCGUCAAAGCAGGUGUGAAUUGUGGUUUCGGCAAGGUGGGAAUUGUGGACUAUGGAUACAGGCUGAACAAGAGCGAGAAGUGGGAUGUCUACUGCUACAAUCCAACCUCGAAAGAGUGCGGCGGCGUCCUGACUGAUCAGCAGAGAAUCAUCCAGUCGCCUGGCUUCCCUGAGGAGUACCAGGAUGAGCAGAUCUGUUACUGGCACAUCCGCGUGCGUCUGGGUCAGAGGAUCCACCUCCAGUUCCGGGAGUUUGACGUGGAGGACGACCCUUCCUGUCUGGCGGAUUACUUGGAGGUGUAUGACAGCUACGAUGACGUGUCCGGAUUUGUGGGAAGGUUCUGUGGUGAUUAUUUACCCGAGAAUAUCCUGAGUACAGGGAACGUGAUGACGCUCAAGUUCCUCUCAGAUGCUUCAGUCACAGCCGGAGGCUUCCAGCUAAAAUAUCUAGCUGUAAAUGCAUCCUCACGUCAUUCUAACUUCCUUCACUGAGCAGAGCACAUACAACAGUGAACUUAUAGUGUGCUGCAUUAUUUUAUUGAGGUACAUGUUUUACAAUUCUGAAAGCUGAACAUUUCCACAAGCCAGAUGGAAGUAUAAUCAUACUGCUAAUAUUAUUCAAACCUAAUUUCCCACUGAAUUAAAACAUAAUGUGACUGUAGUAAAUCUGAGUGUAUGUAUA